AUGUGCGAUGGAACACUAUUUCGGCGACCGUAUGGCCGUCUGGCGGCGCGAAAUAGUAUGGCGGCGUUCGGGGCGCCUGCCAGCGGCCUCGCCCUUCAGUUUCCCUGGCCUAUCUAUCUUUUCCACCGCUUUACUCGAUUGUUUUAAAAUCCCUUUCCAAUUUUUAUACUUGAUAGUCUCCCAAGUCUUGAAAAGGAUAGUUUCUCUUGAGAAGUUUUUCCUCACAAUAGAAAAAUUUUUUUAUCUGGAGAAAAAAAAUAGGAUUUUUCAGGUCCCGCAGUUCUUUUGAAGACACUUUUUGUACUUCACAAAAAGUACACUUUUUUUAGAAAAACAAGGUUUCGAAAAUAAUUUGGAUUGAGAAUCGAAACUGUAAAGUUUUUACUCAAAAUUUUCAGAUUAAAACUUUUUUUGAACCCUUUUUCAGAUCUUUGAGUGAAAUUUAUCGUUUUUGUGCAAAUUCCAUCAUUUUUCCGACUAUUCUUGCCUUCUUCCAAAACUAUCAUCUUCAUUGAUAACUGAUAACGAUUUCAGGAUGCAAAACGACCGUUUCUCUCCAUACUCGACACCGAGUCGAGGCAGAGGAAGAGGGCGCGGAAGAGGGGCCACUUUAGUGAAUAAUCCGUCAGUAGUUCUUACACCUUUUUUUCAACGAACUCGUCUUUCCAGUUUUCUAGUCGUCUUUUUCUCAUUUUUCUUCUUUUCUUUUCUCGGAAAACACUCAGAAAACAGAAAACUCUCAUUUUCUUUCAGAAUAGUUCCAAAAACAUUUUUUUUUCCAAAAAAAAUAUCCCAGAAAAUGCCCGAAAACUAGAUGAAAACCCAAGUUUCAGGGUUCCGCCAUCAACAUCAGCUCCAACAAACGGCUCCUCCACUCCAGAUGAGUACAGCUUCACGUUCAUCAAGAACACGGGCGAGGAUUUGUACACACGUUUGCAAAAAUGCCGGGUCAAUGGAACUUUUAAUUACUACGAGGCCGGAAAAUGCUUUACACAGUCUUUGGACAAGCCCAAUUGCGAGCAGAUCAUCAGUGUGAGUCUUGGUAAUCCUCUGGUCGCAAGCAGAAUGGCUCAUUGCGUUGCGGUCGUGCUACGGUUUCAUAUUCAGCAAAUUCAGAAUAACUUUUUCGCAGUCGUAAAUCGUCUAUAUAGGUGCAGUCGGAUGGACCUUUCGAAGUUUUUCAAAACUGCUCCGAAACAUUUGAAAAAAGUUUCAUUUAUUCUGCCUUUUUGCGUCUUUCCAUUAACGUAUAAUAAACUAUUUUUUUAAUGUUUUCUACAGCUUAUCAAAACUUUGAAAAUUGAAAAGUUCAGAAAAAAAAAGCCUUUCCGACUUUGCCAAACCUAAGACAUUCUCCGUGCUACCAGAAGAUCCAAAUCUUAUCUUUUUAAUAGAAACUAUGAUUGAAUAGUCCUCUUUUUUAUUUCCAGGCUUUUUGCUCGGAGAAUUUCUCCCGAAUCGAGACUUUUACGAUGACCGGCUACAUGGAAGACGUUCGGAGGGCCGGUUUUACGACGGCUUUCACCAUUUUCGAUCGAUAUUUGAUGCUCGGGAAGCAUAUCAAGGUAAAUUAUCGUUUGAAUCACGAUUUAAAUUUUUCAUUUCCCUUGUCCUAGUUCUAACCUACAAAAAACUCCUCCCAAUUAGUCAAAUUUAUCAGAAGAUCCUAGAGCUACCUAUUUUUCCAGGAUUCUCUCAUGUGGGCUCAACUGGAAUCCAUUCAAGCUGUUGCCAACGCGGCGAUAACACAAAAUACCUGCGGAAAUGCGAUUUUUGAAGCCGGCGUCGUCGAGGACGGCCGAUUUGUUCUACCCGAUCUGCCGCCGUUCAAAGUAGGGAAUUUUGAUGACAUUUAAAAGAGGCCAAAAUCCAUCAAGUUUCGAUAAUUUACUCUUUCAAUCAGAAAAGAACCGGCUUUUCAUUGCAGAGAACGCUUUUUAUUCAAAAUUUGUGAUUAAAGCUAUCAAACUUCAAAUUUCUCCAUUAAAGAUGUUAAACUUUUCCAGCCGAUCGUUCUGACGACCAGUGGCUGGAAACACUCUGGAGAAGUGCCACAUAUUCAGCUGACGUCGCUUUUUCGCCACAUUUUGAAACAAGUUGAUAUUUUGAAUGUUCAUAAAACGACAAAAUUCCAAGUUUCCAGGCCUGUGAUCCUCCAACAGCUAUCAAAGGCUACACGUACAGAUCAGGAAGCGGCCGCGCGAAUUUCGAACUUCAACAGAUUCCCGAGCCAAUUUUCAUCACGCUGCGUGGUAAUUUUUUUUUCAAAGAGAAAAAAAAAUCAAAAUGAGUUGUUUUUUUGAAAAAAAAAUCAAAAAAAGGUGCCCACUAUGAAGUUUUUAGCUUUUUCAAAGCUUGAAAUGGGUUUUUCUCGCUAUUCAAAAAAAAUUUAGUACGUCUUCCAAUUUUUUUAUACUAUAUAUUCCCAAUAUUAAAAAUUAAAGGAAGAUGUUGAAAAUUCAAUUUAAAAAAAAGGCGAAAUCGAAUGCUUUUUCACGGAAACUCCAACUGAAACUCUAAAAUUCGAAGUCCUUUGCAGAAUUUUCGAACGCAGUCUUCUCUAUCAAUCGUCCAGAACUCGUCGAUCCAGAAGAGACCGUUUAUGAAACGGAGUGAGUAAGCUUAUGGUUUGAAUGAACUAUACUAUAGUGAAAGGAGCUGAAAAUGUACGCAAUUCUUAAUUAAAAGUCGUCAUUUCUGACCAAUGGAUUCAAUGAUACCGCUCCUAACUAACCUAUUCCCUUCUGAAAGUGUCAUAUAAUGGAUGAAAAUCGAAAAGAGCCGUUUUAGAAGUAAAAUAACCACAAAAUAAGCUUAAAUGGGUCCAGAAUUGGAUUGUACUUUUUGAUCAUCUACAGGUACUUCCGGAAGCUGGGCAGCGACCACACGACCCGACUCCGGGUCCUGCGGCAACAGCGUGAACUUCGCCACAAAUGGAUCACCAUCGAGGUCCCCAAACAGCUCACCACCGCCUUGUUAGUCACAUUAUGGUCCUUCUUUUUGAAAAAUGUCAUUCACUUUCUAGGAUCGCUCUACGCAAGGCCAAGUACAUUGAUGGACGCUGGGUCAUGGAUCCGGUUUGUUAUUAUGUCUUUCUAGUUGACACUGAGAAGAAGAGAGUGCUGGAUUUCUGCACAACUCAUUUUGAAUGCGUCCUCUGAAUAUAACAAAAAAAACAUUGAUGGAGUCCCAAACCAAAUCGCAAACUUGUAUAAUUGAUCACAAUUUCUCGAAAGGAAGGUCACUUUUCGCUAGGGAAUACCUUGAAAUUCGACCAGAUUACUGCUGACGUACCAGAUAAAGACUGUAAUAGUCUCAUCCUGUACAAUUUUCGAGUUUUUAAGAAACAAGGCUCAAAAUCUUAAACCAGCCAUCUUCGAAUUUUUUGAUAGUAUUCUCCGACUUUUUUUUUCCAAAAAUAAGAAUUUUAGCAGGUUUUACCAACUUAAAAAAAAUGCUUCAAAGAUCAUUUCUCCUCCAUUUUUCUAUAAAAACUUUUUUUUCCAGAAAAAGGGCUAUUUCGCCUCGUUGGAGCACCAGAACAUCGUCGAAUCCUGUCCACUUCCCGUUGAACAGACAAACGGCGGAGAAGAUUCUUCCGUUUCUCUCAACUCAAUCCGAACCUCCGACUAUUUGAUGGCCCUUCUCGCUCAGAAUCCCGGGGAUCCGCCAGAGAAUCAAUGA